GAGUUGCCGAUACAAAGGCCUGGCUGGAGAGAAAUCCCGAGCCACCUGUGACAUCAAGAUCAAGAUCAGGGUUGCCAUGACGACGGGAGUGGGUGAGGCUGCUGAUCUUCCUGAUACGUGAUUCCUCCAAGCACAUCAUCCCCACAGUUUGACUUGUUGCUACUUCUUAGAACAUCAGAGGUUUCAUGGCAAGUUAAGUAAGUAGUACUAAGCCAGAUCUGCUGCACCAUUGCACUUCACCAUGCCCAGCCAGUGUCCAUCAGGUGAGACAGAGACCAAAACUGAGAUACCUGUUGGAGACACCUGCCAAGGCCCCAGACCCAAGGGCAAGUUGACCCGGCCUAAGCCUUGUUAUCUGUGGACGACGGCAGAUGUUCAGAAGUGGUUCAAGAGGCACUGCAGCGAGUACUUCCAGCUGUACUCACACCUCCUCAUCUCGAAUGACAUCACUGGGAAAGCACUGGUUCGCAUCAGUGAAGGUACGCUGGUCAGGAUGGGCAUCAAGAACCCAGAGCAUGUGGAAGCCAUCUGGCGGGAGAUCUUGAAGUUGCGCCUCAAGGCAGACAUACAGGAGAUGAAGGAGAUAGAGAUGAGUGCAGUGUUUUAGGUGUGUACAAAAUGUCUGGGAGGGAAAGAGCCUUUAUAGGGAUAAACAUUGUGGAAAGACCUUCCUCUUGCAUUUUUUAACAUUUUAGUGGAAGUGGUAGCAAAUUUUCUAACAAACUAAAAUGUUGACUGUAAAUAGCUAUUUUACCUUUUACUUUUCAGAUGAUUACUAUAGUAGAAUAAGCAAUUAGGUAAUUUCAAAUUGGCUAUUAGCCAGUGGGUGCAUUAAAUAGGUCAUCAAUAAAAGAACUCCAUAAAUUACAAAUAUAUAUAUUUUUGUAUAGUAUAAUUUUCUUCAGCUUAGAGACCUGGGGAAUUAAUUGCUUGUCUAUUCCAUCACAUAUCAUAAAUAAAGGUAAGGUAAACUUGGUGGCAAACACUUCAUGUGGCUUCAGUGCUCAUCUCCGUCACACUGACCCGUGACCCUGUGGUGGGUAAGAACCCAUUACCCCAGGGUACAGGGCCGGUGUGACAUCCACCACAGUUUACCAUCCCCAGGUUUCCCCAGGUACUCAUUUAAUGACCAGCCUGAAAGGGAGGAUGAAGACCUGGGUGAGCUGCACACCGACUGCCUGGGCUGGGAUUCGAACCUGGGCCUGCAGAUUCAUAGCUAGGCACACUAACCACUACACCAGACUGCUAAAGAGAGCAUGGCUGGUAGGUUUCAGGAAACUGAGGUUGGGGACUGUGGUCCACUUUAUUGUUUUGGCCAAACAAGUCAAAUUGUCACAUGACCUUACCACACCUCUCCAAAUGGAGUUACAUGUACCCAGUGACAAAAAUAAAUGAUAGAUCUAACUCUUAA